AUGAAUUUUGUUACAAAUAAAGUGGAAAAGGCAACAGGUAUGGAUAUAAAUAAAGAUGGUCGUGUUGGAGGAGGUGGUGCUACUGGACAAAUGGAAAAGGCUACUCAUAUGGAUUUAAAUCGUGAUGGAGUUGUCGGAGGACAAAAAGCUUCAGGAGGAGGAGGUCUUCUUGGUAAAGCUGAACAAAUGACACAUAUGGAUUUAAAUCAAGAUGGACGUAUUGGAGGUGGAGCUGCCCAUAAAAAACAUUAA